UAGCCACCCCGAAUUCCCAGCAUCCGACGGUUGUGCGUGGGCCGGAGAGCCAUAAAGUUACAAGAUCACCAGAACGACAUUUCAACUUCCUCCGAUCGACGCUACCAUCCAACCGGGCGCCGUCCUCAGGGCGAGAAAGUGCCGGUUGUUUAUGCUUAACAAUGAACAUGAUGAACUCAAGAUUCACCAGAUUUAAAGGAUUAGAGAAUGAGCCAACUCCUAACUUGUUUGUUGCCAAUUGUGGACCAGCUGUGGGCAUGUCUUUUGAUAAUAUUGAAUCUGCUUUUGGCAUUUUUGGCAAGGUUGUUGGAGUCCAUGCUGCUGAUGAAACUGGUGCACGUGUAAUUGUUUGCUUUUCUGAAGUCAAUGCUGCUCAAGCAGCCUUUAAAGCACUAAAUGGCCUCCCUUGUGCUGAACUUGGAGGGAGAAUAAUGCAUAUAAGCUACUCAGUAGUACGGCCACUUCAGAAGGUACAUAAAGAAAUAUUUUUUCCAGUAUAUUUUUCGGCAUCAGACUUGGGGAUUCCAGGAAUUUAUCUCGUGCAUGAUUUUAUCACUGUGGAGGAAGAAAAGAGACUCCUUGCAGAAGUUGACAAUAGGCAGUGGAGAAGUCUGUCGAAAAGAAGAGUUCAGCAUUAUGGUUAUGAAUUUUUGUAUGAGACAAGAAACAUUGAUUCUAAGCAUUUUUUGGGUGAGCUUCCAUCCUUUGUUUCGAACAUACUGCAGAAAAUCUUAUCAUUUCCUGGUCUUGGUCAUGAUCAAAACAAAGAAAUGGAUCAGUUGACGGUUAAUGAAUAUCCAUGUGGGGUAGGCUUAUCCCCACACAUAGACACUCAUUCGGCAUUUGAUGAACUCAUCUUCAGCCUUUCAACAGCUGGUCCAUGCAUUAUGGAAUUUAGGAGAUAUCCUGAAGGGACUUGGUGCCAUCCAACUGCAUCUGUUAAUGAAAUACAUGAAGACACCCCUCUUUUAUCCUCGUAUAUUGCUAGAAAAGCUAUUUUUCUUCCUCCUCGUUCUAUGAUCUUGAUGUCUGGGGAAGGGCGUUAUGCUUGGCAUCAUUAUAUUCCACAUCGCAAGGUUGAUAGAGUAGGGGAAAAGGCAAUCGGAAGAAGUUCACGUAGGGUUUCUUUCACUUUCCGCAAGGUUAGGAAAGGAUCAUGCUGCUGUCCAUACAAGCAGUAUUGUGACUCUCAACUGGAAUGUAGAAAUCAACAGGUAAAACAAGACAUAGUCCAAUCAUCUCUACCAUUGAAACGAGAAGCAUUUUGUCCAACAGACACUGACCGAAUAUAAAGGUUUCUAACCACGAUUAUCCUGUGACAACCUGUGUUGAUUGGACUCUAAAUCAGGUGCACUAUGAUGAAAGCCGACUUUUAUAAUCACCUCUCAUAACAAUCAUUCAGUUGUAACAUCUUCAUGUUGAUUCUUUUUUCUGGAGCUGAGAUGGCUGAUAAUGAAUAUUCGGAGAUUUUCUUUUCAAUUUUUCCUUUAGCUGCUUUUGUGAUUCCCGGAGAAACUCUUGCAGACUUAUUUUGGCACAAUAUGAUUGUUGUGUCAUGUGUUUUGGUUUCUUUCUUCUCCUAUCUUUGAAACAUUUUAGUUCAAGGAGACACAUUUUACUGGAUUUUCUUGA